CUUAUCUCCACUAGGCGCCAACCAAAUUCCCUAGGCCGACGAACAAGUAAUUAGUGUACUUUUCACCAAUUCUUCUAAGAGCAGGCUCCUUCAUUUUACCGUUACACUACGGGACAGAAAAGCAGUCACUAUGGCCUCAUCCUCAAAGCCCCCGAGCUUCCUGCUCUAUACUUGCAUAGCCCACCGCACCACAAUUCUCGCAGAGCAUUCCUCCCCCGGAACCUCUUCAACCUCCGCCUCCUCUCUCGCCUCCAUUAUUCUUCCAAAAAUCACGCACGAGAAAUCACAAAAGCUCACCUACACCCAUGAACGCCUCUUCGUGCACUACAUCGCUGACUCGCCCACAGGGGCAAGCGAUGAUUCCAGCUCCCGCCAGGAACCCAACUCCUACGCUCCGCUAAGCUACAUCGUGGUCGCGACCGCCGAACAGGGCCGUCGCAUCCCAUUCGCCUUUCUCCUUGAAAUGAAACGCAAGUUCCUAUCCACCUACCCACCCUCCAGCACUGAUUUCGCCGCCCUACCGGCAUACGGUUGCGCUGCGUUCAACAAUGAGCUCCGCUCCCUACUCCAGACGUAUAACACCGCUCCGCCGUCGGACUCGCUCGCCUCAGCCCGCAGAGAAAUCGAUAGUGUGAGAGAUAUCAUGACGGAGAAUAUCGAGCGGGUGUUGGAACGUGGGGAGAGGAUUGAUCUGCUUGUUGAUAAAACAGAUCGGUUGGGUGGGAGUGCGCACGAUUUUCGCAUUCGGAGUCGGGGCUUAAGGAGGCGGAUGUGGUGGAAGAAUAUUAAGUUGAUGGUGCUUUUGGGGGUGGUGAUUAUUUUCCUACUGUAUCUGUUCAUUGGGAUGGGAUGUGGACUGCCGGCUUGGGGGAAAUGUGUUGGCCAUAGCGAGUGAGUGAGAGAAAGUGCUUUUGGCCGGUCUGAUCUGGUCGUGAUGAUUCCCGCUGCUGCGUACGGGAUGGGAUGUCAGCGAUUCAAUGCGCUCGGGGACAAUAAGAUUGUCGGCUCAGCUUAUCACCCGGGGCUUUACGAUGUCGUUCACGAUGGUUUGUUCUGCGGAUUAGCACAGUUUCUCUUCUUGUACUAUUAAAGCUGGUACUUAUAUACAUAAUACAUUCCUUUUCCUUUUACGGGA